UUAGAGUCAGCAAUUGCAUUACUUCAGGACAGUGUGUCAGUGCAAUACAGGACGGCGUCCCAGCCAGCUUGAAGACUGCAGCCAUGGGUCUGUGGUUCGCCAUAGUGUUCAUCGCGUUUGCUUUGACACUUUUGAUUCGGUGGCGUAAGAAGAAGUUCUCAUAUUUCAAGGAACUUGGAAUUCCUGGACCAGAGCCCAAUCUGAUCUGGGGUAAUCUAUGGGAGUAUCAUUCCUUGGGGCUGCACAAAGCGCUGGAUAAAUGGUGCAAGGAAUACGGGGACAUCUGCGGGUUCUACAACGGCGACGUCCCAUUUCUCCUCAUCAAGGACCUGGAUUUCCUGGAGUAUGCUUAUAUCAAGAACUUCCAGAAUUUCACAGCUCGUGGGGUUACGAUGCGGACUGACCAGAUGCAUCCGGUUGUCGGUCAGAUGGUGAUCCACGUGCGUGGCGACCAGUGGAGGAGAAUGCGCAGCUGCGUCACAUCCGGUUUCACGAGCAGCAAACUGAAACAGAUGGUUCCGCACAUCGCGGAGUCAGCCGAGGUUUUCAUGGACAUGCUGGAGCUUUACGCUGACUCGGAGAAGGAGGUGAACCUUCGCCUACAGUUCCAAGCGCUUUCUAUGGACUACAUCGGCCAGGGGGCCUUCGGCAUCGAGACAUGCUUCCAGCGCGACGUGGAAAACAUCUUUUUCACAACAGCUCGUCGGGUGCUGCCGGGAGUGAUGACGGGGCCCGCCCACAUGAUUGCACAGAGCACAACCACACUGGGCAACGCAAUGAAGCCUUUCUAUUGGUUUCUUGGCCAAUUCGGUUCCCUCACAUUCAAAGUUUUUUCAAAGGAGACUACGAAGAUGAUCGAAAAGCGCAAGAGACACCCAGAGCUUCGCAAGCCCGAUAUCCUGCAAAACUUGUUAGACGCUGAAAUCGAGGAAGAAGCCUUGAGUGAGGCCGUGAAUGAAAGCGGAGUGAAACAAACAGCAGAUGGUUUCAAGAAGAGGGUUCGAGCUCUUUCCCCGAGAGAAGUGAUCAUGAACGCCACUUUGCUCUUCAUGGGAGGUUUCGAGACGACGUCGAUUGCCAUGUGCUAUCUCAGUUUCCUGCUCGCCAAGCACCAGGACGUCCAAGAGAAGCUCAGAGAGGAAGUGAAACAAGCUGUCAGCGAAUCAGAAUCGGGUAUUUUGGACUACGAUAUGCUCACGAAGAAGUUGAAGUAUCUCAUCCAAGUUGUCGAGGAAGGACUAAGGCUGUACCCUCCGGCAGUUGUCGCCACAUCACGGCAAGCUGACGAAGACUUCGAGUGGAAUGGCAUGAAGUUCAAGGCCGGCACGUGCAUUAUGUCUCCGACGUAUCAGCUGCACAGAGAUCCUCGCUACUGGGUUGAUCCAGACACUUUCGAUCCUGAAAGGUUCAGUCCAGAGAAUGAGUCCUCCAUCUACAAGAUGGCAUUCCAACCAUUCGGCGUGGGACCCCGUCAUUGCGUGGGCUUCCAGAUGGCCCGCCUGGAGCUUCGAUACACCCUCGCCAGGCUUGUGCAACGAUACCGAGUCGAGCUUGGCGAAUCUCAGAAGGGUGAAAUGAAAAUGAGUGGUUAUGCCAUGAUUUCUGCACCAGAAAAUGGACCCUGGCUCAAGUUUUACAAGCUGUGAUUACGAGAAGAAACGGCGCCUCAAAAAGGAGCGCUAUAUUACUCAUCACCAUCAUCCUCAUACGGGUGACUACGGCU